ACAGCACUGUAUAUCAGCAGCUGUGCAUCUCAAACACAUACUGACUUGCUGGGAUACUUGACAGUUAAAGAAGAUGCUCUGGUUUUAUUUCCUGCCUCUUGUGAUGUCCAGCCAAACUCUAAUGAUGGCUUUGCCUCUCCGGAUAGCAGAUCUGCCAAAGAAACCUCCUCCUGGACCAUCUGCAGCUGACCAAGAGUUUGCAGAGGAAUAUCUGCGGCAUUUCUAUGACUACCAGCCCAAGGCAGAAAGACAGAAGAGGACCACCGACAUAAGUAAAGAUGAUGAUUCGACAACCGGAUCCUGUGAUAAGAAGACAAAGGUGCAGGAGAUGCAACGGUAUUUUGGUUUGCUUCCAAGUGGAGAGCUCACAGAAGAGACUCUAGCAGUGAUGAAGAAGCCACGCUGUGGACUGUCAGAUGUGGAGCAAGUUGGAGAAACAGUUCGCUGGAAGAAGAAGAGGAUCAGCUACAGAACAGUUAGCAAGAAACUCCCCAUCCCAGCACUGAAGGCUCAGAAAGUCUUUAGAAGAGCAUGGAAGCUUUGGUCCAACGUCACACCUCUGAAAUUUCGCAACCGGAUCAUGACCGUGGCUGACAUUGACAUCUUUUUCUAUAGUGGAGAUCAUAAUGAUAGUUCACCUUUUGAUGGCAGAGGAGGAGUCCUGGCUCACGCCUUUAUGCCUGGGCUUCACAUUGGUGGAGAUGUCCACUUUGAUUCUGAUGAAGACUGGAGUUUUAAUUCUACCGGUAUCAACCUGUUUGCUGUGGCAAUCCAUGAAUUUGGCCAUGCGCUUGGCUUGUCCCACUCAUCUGAUCCUGGAGCUAUCAUGUACCCAGCAUAUAACUUUGACCCCAACUAUGAGCCCCAGCUCUCCUUUGAUGAUGUCAAAAACAUCCAAAAACUGUAUGGAGUCAAUCCCAAUUUUACUUCACUGACCUCAAAAAGGCCUCCUCCAAAAACACCUACAAAAUGUGAUCCGUAUUUGUCCUUUGAUGCAGUAACAGAACUACAACAGGAAGUUUUGUUUUUCAAAGACAGGUUUAUGUGGCGCAAACAUCCUGAAUUUGAGGAAACGCGUGUCUCCUUGAUUAGCAGUCUUUGGCCAGACACUGUACCGGCCAACUUGGACGCCGUUUACGAGAAUACGUGGGAAAAUGUUGUUGUGUUUUUUAAAGGUAAUCAGUACUGGAUGCUGAGGCAGUUAAAGCUUGAGGAAGGAUUCCCUAGAAGCAUCUCAACCUUGGGCUUCCCUUCCAGAAUAAAAUCUGUAGAUGCUGCUCUUCACUUCAGAGAUGAGGGCUAUACUUCUACUUCUUAUUUGUUCACAGAUCAGAAGGUGUGGGCUUUCAGCGGCUAUGAUCUUGUAAGUGGCUAUCCUAAACCAAUAUCCAGCUUUGGUCUGCCCAAAACAGUGAAGAGAGUUGAUGCGGCCCUCUAUGACGAACAAAGUGGGAAGACUCUGUUCUUUGUAGGCAGUGAAUACUACAGUUAUAAUGAGGCCACAAAGAAGAUGGAUAAGGGAUUCCCCAAACAGGUGGAUGAGACCUUCUUGGGAAUGACCUCCAAAGUGACUGCAGCUCUGCAGCAAGGAGGGUACACCUACCUCUACAGUGGACCACAAAUGUUUGAGUAUGCCAUGUGGAGUGGGAGGCUGUACCGUGUGCUGAGGAACAGCUACUUCUUGCCCUGCACCAAAUACUAGAGAAGAUUUUGAAUGCUAAAUAAGACACAGUAAAAAAAAGAAAAAAAAGAAAGAAGAGUAACUGUGUCAAUAUAUUUUUGGAUAUUUAAUUUUAUUGUUAAAAAGUUAACAGCAGCGUAUGUACUUAAUACUGUUAUUGUUAUGUUAACUUUAUUAAGCUUUACCAUCACUUUUUAUUUUGUUUUAUUUAUGUCACACUCAUUAUUUAAUUUUUCCGCUCGCUAAUUGUUGUUGUUGUGUUUUGACCUAUUUAUGUACACAAAAGGUCAAAUGGAGUACAG